GGGAGGCGAGUCCACGCACGGCUGCGAGCUGAAGCGUAUUAGCAGCACAGAGAGGGGAGUGAUGGAGGAGCUGCAGUUGUCAUGGAAACGCCUGGGCGGAGCGAUGUGAAGUGGGACCAGUUUGUUUUGUUGUUGAAGAUCACAUGGCAAGGUGGAGCUCCGCCCCCCUUCCCCGUUACCACCGAUUCAACCGUCUCGAGCUCCUGCUCCGGUCAGUUACUACAAAAUGGCUGCAGAGGCUCCGCCGCUGCUGAGAACCGACUGAACGCUUCACGCUGUGAAAAGAAGCAAAAAUACGAGAAGAGAACCAUUUGAUGGAAGAUAAGAAAAAGAAAAAACAAGACGAGAAGAAAAAGAAAGAGGCUGCUCAAAAAAAGGCCACAGAGCAGAUUACCAAAGUGCCAGACUCUACCAAGCUCAACCCCAGCCCUCCUCUUCCCCCCGUCAACCCCAGUGCCAUCCCAUCUGUACCCCCAAGCAGUGGAAAUGGCAAGCGCAUCCCCUCCGGAGGUCAGCCGCAGACAGCACAGCAGUCCCAGACUCCGCUCCAGCAGCGCUACCCGCCCAGAGAGGUGCCCCCACGCUUUCGUCAGCAGGAGCACAAGCAGCUGUUAAAGCGGGGCCAGCCUCUUCCCUUGGGGACGCUGCCUCUCAUCACCACGGGACGUCCCACCACUAGUGAACCUGCAGCAGCAACAGUAGCCAUACACUCCUCUCUUUCCUGCUCCUCUUCCACUGCAGCCAGCUUGCCCACAGAACUGCCCCCACAGAGUGGCCAGGGAGCCCAGUAUGAUAAUCCCCUCUGGGGGCACCUGCCAGCCAACAGAAGUGCUACGAGUGCUGCAUCUUCCACCAAUCUCAGUGGCUGGGAUCAACUAAUUAUUGACCAGAAGGACACAGAGGCUUGGCCUUCUAUUACACUCAGCCAGAGCCAGGUCCCUCCAGGAGGAUGCCCUUUGGACACUGACUCUGGUCACCUGACCAGCAGCAGCAGAAGCAGUAGUACUAGCAGUAGUUGUAGUACAGUGAGUAUGGCCACGGGAGCAAAUAGCCAAACAGGCCACUUCCCUGCCAACCACCUCAGCAGCAAAGCCAACAGUGGGCCCAGCCCUGCCAAUCAUACUGGAACCAGCAUGCUCUCUGGCCAGGUUGCAGCCAGUCGCAGCUGGGGCCCUGGGGCUGUAUCUUCCCAUUGCCCCCCUCAGUCCUCAAUGGGGAGUGAAACGAAGAGUGACAGCCCAGGAGGAGGAGGCAGUACUAGGAGCUGGGGUCCUUCAUCAUCCUCCAGCACCAACUUUAACUUGAACCUAAACCCUAAUGCCAACCCGUCUGCCUGGCCCAUGUUGGGGCAUGACGGAAGUGGCACAGGGGGAGGCAGCUCAGGGGGAGCCAACACCAUUUCACCUCCUCACUCUACACCCAACCUCUGCAAUCCACCUGGCCCCCCACCAGCCCAGACCAGCACCUGUACCGGAGCCAACACUAACAGCAACUCCUCGGGGAUUGGCAAUGCCUGGAUUACCAUGAUGGCUUCUGAUGCAGAGCCACACCCCUCCCCGUCCACGAAUGUGUCUUUCAGUUCAGAACCUCAGAACCUUAAAACUGAUGGACCAAAUCACACUAAUAAGCAGGAACCCCCCAGCCCCAUCCGCAGUUUGCCUGGCUGGGGAAGUGCACCUGUAGGCUUGGGUUCCAUGACCCAGCCACCGCCAGGAGGCUCACAGGUCAAUGGUGAAGAUGGUAAUUCAGUAUGGGGUAACAGUGGCAACUCAAAGGCAAGUUCAUCUAAGGAGGCACCUGGCUGGGGCCAUGAAGGAGAUGGAACAGGGAACUCUGGAGGCUGGGGUGAACACCCUGAAGAGACCCAGGGAGGAUGGGAUACACCCAGCUCUCCCGCACAGGACUCUCAGUCCAUCUCAUGGAGCAGGGCUGUAAGCACAGCUGCGGCUAGUGAAGGAAGCAGUGACAGCAUGGAAGGCCAUCCCCAGCAAAAAGACCGGUCAUCCAGAGAAAAAUCAGCUCCUUUGAUCCCUGCCCAGGAUCUGGACCCCAGGGUGCUGUGCAACAGUGGCUGGGGACAGACUCCCGUUCGCCAGCACACUUCCUGGGACAUGGACGAUACCAAACGUAAGAGUGAUGUAGGCACUGGAUCAUGGGGCUCUGGCUCAACCACUCCAGUCGAUGCCCAGGGGCCCUCCAACACUAACACAGGCCCUAGCCAGAUGACUGACUCUGGGAGCAAAAAUGAUGCACCUGGUUCUCAGGGCACUUCUAGUUGGGGUGGUAACAUAGCAGCUACCAACCAGCCAAGCUCUGGUUGGGGAGAGCCACCCAGCAACAUCAAGCCCCCAGGUGGCCCUGGUGGUUGGGGAAACCCUCCACCAGGAGGUCCAAGCACCAGUAUACCCAAAAAUGGUGGUCAGUCCUGGGGAGAGAAGCCAAGUGGGUGGGAAGAUUCUCACAUCAAGUCAGGAUCCCAGAACUGGGGAGAACAGCCCAAAGCAUCUCACACUUGGGCUAGCAGUGGAGUGAGCAAUAACACAGCAGAGUGGGGGGACUCAGAAGAGAGUAAAAAGAGUCCCACUACUGCUUGGGAAGGAGAACCACGAGGCUGGGGAAUGUCUUCUCAAGGACCUGGAGGUAAUGGUGGCUGGGGAGAGUCACUUCCUCAGCGACCCAGUGGUCCCUCUCAAGGCUGGGGGGGCAAGCCUCAAGAUGGGCCUAGUGGUAACAAUGGAGGAGGGAGCAUGGGGUCCUGGGGGGGAUCGGGCUCAGUGAAACAAGGUCCAGGUAGGGGUGGAAAUAAGCAGGAAUCCUCAACAACUGAGCCUACAGGCUGGGAAGAGCCUUCCCCUCCUUCCAUCCGACGCAAGAUGGAGAUCGAUGACGGGACCUCUGCUUGGGGCGAUCCCGGUACCUACAACAAGGCAGUCAAUCUGUGGGACAGGAACAAUUCAGGAUCGUCCCAAGCUAAAGUUACUACUGGAGGCAAUAAUCCCCCCAGCACCAACAACAACCAUCCCCACCCUCUCAAUCACCCUUACCACGGGCCACCUGCACCUUUACAGAGCCACAGCCAAAACAGCCAGAACUCAGGCCCCACCAGCGGGCCUUUGGAUCCUACUGUGCAACACCAGCCUGGAGCAUCUCACAGCAGAGGUCCCCUGAUGGCUCAAGGUUGGGGAGAGAUAUCCAGCUCCCACACAAAAUCGGAGAGCUCCUGGGGGGAACCUGCAUCUUCCCCGGUUAGCGUGGAUAAUGGGACGUCUGCCUGGGGCAAACCCAGCGGGAACUGUGGGGGCUGGGGGGAAAGCAAUCCGGAGAGCUAUGGCAGGGGCAACCCGACAAUGACACCUGCAUCUUGUAAACCUGCUCCCAAACCUAUGCAAGAUGGAUGGGGAGGUGGAAGUGAAGACCUGAGCCUGUCAGGUGGUCAGUGGGAUGCAGAGGAGGUAGACAUGUGGAAUAGCACUGCCUCCCAGGAGAGCAACUCUUCCUGUAACUCUUGGAGCAAUGCAAAUAAAAAGCCCCCACCAAAGGGCAAGAUCCCAGGGAAGCAGGAUGAGGUCUGGAUCAUGAAUCGUCUCAUCAAGCAGCUGACUGACAUGGGCUUCCCUAGGGAUCCAGCAGAGGAGGCUUUGAAGAGCAACAACAUGAACCUGGAUCAGGCCAUGAGUGCCCUGCUGGAAAAGAAGACGGAGCUUGACAAGCGUGGGAUGGGGAUAGCUGGCCACGACUACAACAACGGGCUCAUCAACAAGCCCAUGAGCUGCCCUCGGCCUCCGCUUCUUUCCAAAGACCCCUCAGCAGAUCCCCGCCUGCCCUUCAUGGAUAAGGUGCAGAGUGGAAUGUUUGGCGGUGGUGGAGCAGCACAAGUCCGGGCCAUGCCGCAGCCGCCUCCUCAGCCACCAGUGCCGCCUCUCAGCUCCUCUCAGCCUAGUCUACGUGCUCAAGUGCCUCAGUUUCUCUCCCCUCAGGUUCAAGCACAGCUCUUACAGUUUGCAGCAAAAAACAUUGGUCUGAAUCCUGCACUUUUAACCUCACCAAUAAACCCUCAACAUAUGACCCUUCUAAAUCAACUUUACCAGCUGCAACUGGCGUACCAGCGUUUACAAAUUCAGCAGCAGAUGUUGCAGGCGCAGCGCAAUGUUUCUGGCCCCAUUCGACAACAAGAGCAGCAAGUUGCACGUACAAUCAAUAACAUGCAGCAGCAGAUCCAACAGCACCAGCGUCAGCUGGCCCAGGCCCUGCUGAUGAAGCAGCAGCAACAGCAACCGCCCCCUUCCCACUCAGGCCUGCAUCCUGGUGGAGCCAAAUCCUCCCUGGAUUCAUUUCCAGGUCAUCCCCAGGCUCCAGGCCUCCCGGACCUGCAGACCAAAGAGCCGCAGUCAUCUCCUAACACCUAUAGCCCCUACUCUCUCUCUGGACUGAAUGUAAACUGCAUGGAGGUGGGAAGUCUGUCAAUGAAGGAACCCCCCCAACCCCAAUCGCGCCUGUCACAGUGGACACACCCAAACUCAAUCGAAAGCCUCUCUGGAAACUCUUCUCCAUUGGAGCCCAACCUGGGCAAGCAUGGUGCCAACCUGGGCCCUCCUGGAAAGCCCACUCAGCUGGAUGAAUCUUACAGCCCCUACGGCCUGAUAUCCAGCUCAGAGUCUCCUUCCAGCCCUCUGGUGCCUCCAGACAGCUGGGGACAAAGCAAAGGCAGCAGUGACAAAAUGGCCAAUGGGACCAAUAUCAACUGGCCACCAGAGUUUUGUCCUGGUGUACCGUGGAAGGGCCUCCAGAAUAUUGACCCUGAAACUGACCCCAACGUGACCCCCGGCAGCGUCCCCAGCGGACCCACCAUCAACACAAAUAUCCAAGAUGUCAACCGCUACCUGCUCCGGGACAGGAGCGGAGGUGAGAACAGGAGAAGCUCCUCUCCCACCUCAUCUCAGAACGAGGCUCUGCCUCCCUCCACUGAUUGGCCAGUCAGUGGCUACACUAGCUCGUUCAGUCUUUCGUCCCCGGAGAUGGAGGAUGCAGGUAAGCUGUCAGAGAUGAAAUCCACUUGGUCUCCAGGCCCCAUUUCUCACAGCCAGGCCUCUCUGUCCCACGAGCUGUGGAAGGUCCCACAGGGCCCUCGGAGCAGCACCACAGCCCCUUCCCGCCCCCCGCCUGGCCUCACCAACACAAAGCCUUCCUCCACCUGGGGGGGCAGCUCUCUGGGUCUGGGACAAGGCUGGAGCAGCUCUUACACCACAGCAGGUACCACAUGGAGUACAGACAGCUCCACCAGAACAAGUAGCUGGCUCGUGCUGAGGAACCUCACUCCGCAGAUUGAUGGUUCGACUCUGCGAACACUGUGCAUGCAACACGGCCCCCUCAUCACAUUCCACCUCAACCUGACACAGGGAAAUGCUGUAGUGCGCUACAGCUCCAAGGACGAAGCUGCCAAGGCGCAAAAGUCCCUGCACAUGUGCGUGCUCGGGAACACCACCAUCCUGGCCGAGUUCGCCGGGGAAGAGGAAGUGAACCGCUUCUUUGCACAGGGCCAGUCACUCGGAGGAACAACCAGCUGGCAGGCCACUCCAGGCACCAAUCAGACAAGGAUGGGCGGGACCGGGUCUGGAGCGUCUCACCCCAUCGGGCACUCGCCCCACUGGAACAACAACAACAACGGCGCCGGCAGCAACAGUAGCAGCGGCGGCCUGGGAGCAGGCGGAACAAAAACAGGCGGAGAGCUGCUGUGGGGUGGUGUUCAGCAGUAUUCCAGCCUGUGGGGACCCCCGAGUGGAGAGGAGGGACGGGUCAUGGGGAGCCCCACCCCAAUCAAUACACUGCUGCCUGGGGACCUGCUGAGCGGGGAGUCCAUGUAGGAUAGAAGAGUCUAGGCUUACAAAAACAAACACAAACAGGAGCAAAAACCUUGCAAAUCAAUGUGGAGAUAAUCAGCGUGGAUGUAAAGGUGGAAAGGAGAGACGGAGGAGGACGAGGAAACACCUUGCUGCUCGCCCUCGUCAGCCUCGUCUCCUCCUGGGUUUUUACUGACAUUUUUAGUUGCAGUUCUGUUGUGAAUCCCAAUAACGGAUAUUUUGAUCACAGUGUUCAGCUUUUUCUUCACAGGAACGAGAACUUUAUUUUAUUUUUUCAGAAAUGAACUUUUGAGAACUUUGCCGUGCGAGACGUACUUUUAGUCAAACUGACACAGUGACGAGCUGCCAUCUUUAAACGAAUCCCUCACUGCCUAUUUGAGGCAAUCAUACUGCACCUCAGAGAUCCAUGGAAAACAAAAAGGCGUCAUUCCCAAAGUUUAAAAAAACCCUUCAAUCAGAGUGGUUGUUGAACUUUCAGCUGGUCCAGACUCGACAUUUGUUUCUCUCAGCACUAAUAAUUAGCCUUAAACUAUUUCCUGCCCUGCUAUCCUCACUCACUCUGUACUUGGUGAAGAAGCAUACGGACACCUGCACACCCUUAUUUCUGAGCCAGUGAAACCUGAGUGGAGAGUACAUGCUGCUGCGGCUUAACAACCGCUUAAGCAACCACAGCUCGCGACUUCAGUGCAUUGUUUUGUUUAGUUUUGUUUGUUUGUUUAAAAGCAGAUUGAGUUCCCCUCACAGCGCUCAAAGGGAAUGAUGCAACUCUGUUCGCCUUGUUCAAGCCAUUUAUUUUUGUAGUUUUAUUUUUCAUUUCUCUUCUUGAACCAUUGCAAACAAAGCUAAGAAAUGAUAUUAUUCAAAAUGUGUCUGUCAAUCUUAUGUGGUGGUGUCGAGGGACGGGGUGGGUGGGGUCGUCGCAUGUACAGUUAAGAUGGGCGACAACGAUGAACCACUGCUAUUACUAUGGAACUGUAAAGAUGAAACACUUCGAUGCACCUCAACUCACUUGCGGGGAGACACCUCGCAGUUUGGUCUCAGUCUCUCAGACCCAGUCACUGAUGCUGUGGAGGAGGAGAAAAAAAAACUUAAGUCGUUCCCUGCCUCUGCCUCGCCCCCUCUAACGUGCGCGCCCACUCCGCCUGCAAAGCAACCAUUUCAAGCGACGUGCAAUAUUAUAGCCACAGACUCUCACCGUCCAAGCACCCCUACUCGCGGGAUUAAUAGAGGAGACUGUAACGAAUGAACUGCAAACACUUUAUCUGUCUGCCCGCCAACUUCACCACCCACCCAUCCACCCGCCUGUACCGGCCCUCAUCUCCUCAUUGCAAAACAAAAAACAAACAAACAAAAAAAACCCUGCCACUACAGCUUCCCUUUGUCUCCCCCAGCAGGGUGUCAGGAGAGUAGCACGCUGGCCUUCUGUCUAAACACAAGGACGCACACACCACCCGACUCUCCACGAUUAUGCUUGUGACUGAUUUUUGGGGAGAAGGACAGGCAGGUGUGCGUGUGUGUGUGUGCGUGUGUGUGUGUGUGCGCGUGCGUGCAUGCAUGACGGGGUGAUGGCGUCAAACCAAAACAAGAAGACCAGAUGACUCCCCUUCCCUCCAUUUUACCCACAUUUGCAUUUCAAGAAAUGUCUGAAUCAACGAUUUGUGUGAGUUGGUGGUCUUAUCACAGCACAUAGCAAGAGCACGGCUACUCCUCAUACCCUCAAUGCCAACGAACAGAAGAAAGGAGAAGCAACACUGGCAAAUAAAAAUUGAAAAGACAACAAAAGCAAUCUGCUUAGUGGCUUCUCUGUAUACUUAUUUUUGAACUUGACGUGGAUGUGAAUUUAUUUUUAUUUUUUCCCCAAUUGUUUUUUUUUUUUUGUUUUUUGUUUUUUUUGGAGUCCUUCUUCCCUCGAGUCAGCGGGACCAGAAAGGAUGUCAAACAGUAGCAAAGUGAAAGGAAACACAAAGAAGAACUAAGUCAAGCGAUGAUGGGUGGUGGCAGGAAAAGACCUCAGAGACCUCCACCCCUCUGCUAUCAAAGUAGAUAUCACUGUUACAUUGCAGCUUUUGAAAUCUUUAUCCUUGGUGUCUGGAAACACUCGACGUGUUCAUGUUCUACUGGGUUCAGCAGGGAGGAUCGCCCCCACCCCCGCUUUUGGAUUGUUUUUGUUGUUGGAGGUCCUGCCAACCUGUGUGAUAGUGUGGCCACUGAGUGCCUGCCUGCUGCAGAGUGCAGUGCUGCAGCAGCCCUCGCCCCCUCCCUCCAUCUCCCACGCUCGCUCGCUGCCUCCCUGCGGACCCUUACAGACUAGCUUCCCUCCUCUUCCUUCUCCUUUUCCUCCCAAGAGCAGCUCCUUCAGAACUGGCCCGCCACCUUGUAUUGAAUCUACUACUCACUACUACUACUGCUACACCAGAGUCUGUCAGCAACCUCCACUUCCACUCUCUCCUGCAAGGAUCACUUUAUCCGGAGACGGAGUCGACUGAUGUUUUGUUUUAUUGUAUUUUCCCCUUCUUCUUUUUUUCUUUUUUUUU